GUCUGCUUUUUUGGAGGGUAACCCGUCAAGAUGGUGCCUGGACGACUUGUCUACCCAUGGGGCAAUUCGUCCAGAGGAGUACUGGACGAGCUAUCUUCUCAAGAAGCAACUCGUCUAGAUUGAUUCCUUGACGGCUUGCCUCUUAGGGGGACAAUCCGUCUAGAAUAGCAUUGGACGAGUUACUCAUCUGAAUAGCAACCCGUCCUGGUUGAUACCUUGAUGGUUUGCCUCUUCGAGGGGCAGUCCGUCUAGAAUAGCGUUGGACGAGUUACUCAUUUGAGGAGCAAUCCGUCCUGGUUGAUACCUUGACGGUUUGCCUCUUCGAGGGGCAGUCCGUCUAGAAUAGCGUUGGACGAGUUACUCAUUUGAGGAGCAAUCCGUCCUGGUUGACACCUUGACGUGUAUUCUAAUCUUUUCCUUUUUUAGAAAAAUGCCCCAACUUCUAAGGCUUUGGCCGAAAAAGCCGCAGCAAAGAAACGGCCGGCCGGUACCAGUGAAGCCCCUCCCUCAAAAAAGGCAAAGGAUUUUACUGCUAAGAAGAAGAAGACCACUCGGCCGGUUCCCAAGGUCGUGAUCGACCUACCGGCCAAGGAGGAGGCCAAAGAAGAGCCAGCUGAAGUUGACUCCCGGGCCCUUGUGGCCUAUACUGGUCCGGCCGAGCAACCCACUCCUUCGCAACCUGACGAGGUUGUCAUUUUGGACGAUGCUGCACAAUCUUCUCAGCCGGACGCGGCUGUGGACGGAUCCGCCUUCUCUGGGCCAGUGGCCCAACUGGUAGGCUAGAUGCCGGCCGCUUAUAGGACGGCUUCCCGUUCUUCUGGUGAGUCUUACUAUUCCAACGUAGUUAGAACACUACGGGUUGGCGGGCGUCCGAUGAGUCCGUCCAACAAACAGACCGUGGUUAUUCCCAUCAGGUGUACUGACGAGUCUAACCUUUCAGAUAAAGGGAAGGGUCCAGCUGUUGACGGCUCCCCUAGCCUCUCUGACGAUGAAUCUUCUCCAGCUUUUGGAAAGAUGUCGUCGUCUGAACGUGAGAAGCUCAAGACGGAGCUGUUCAAGUGCUUUCCCGAACCUUAUAUUAAGGGGUUAAGGGGAGCAUCGUCUGGGCAUGUAGGUUACAUGUCUCAGCUUGCUGCCGAGCUUUUUGCUCGCAGCAUGAUAACAGAAGACUGGGCAAAGGAGCUCAGAAAAGAGAACAAAAAGCUCGUCCAAGAUGUGACAGGGGCCGCUGAUCAUGCCCAGUUUGCUAUGGCCCAGCAAGAGGUGCUGCAUCAGCAGACCAAGAUUGCGCUGGAAAAACGAUCGGCCGAGCUGGUCUCAGAUCAAAGUCUACCUUCUGCGGUUGACGGAGAUGAAAACCUCGUCCUGAAGGUCAAAAACCAAGCCCUUCGUACUGAGGUUGCAGAGACCGUUGCUUGCGCCAAAGAGGCUAUGAACACCGUCAUAGAUACCUCAAAGGAAUGGGCGGUGCAAGCUUUUGGCAUGAUGGCUGAAGAGGAGGAUAUCCCCCGAUAUACUCGUCGGCUGGAGUUCCAAGAAGCUGUGCAUAAGGCGACCAUCUCUGGAGCCGACCCUCCUGUCUUUGAAGAAUCCUCUGAGGAUGAAGAGGGGGAGGACGAUGCAGAGGCCCAGGAUGGAGAGGACAAUGACCCUCCUGCCGCUUAG